AUGGGUAUGUAUAGGAAGUCAACAACAAAAGCAAGUGCACUAGCAAUGUCUCAAAAAACAGGAGUAAAGUACAGUGAACUGGCUCGUCUGCCAUACUUCAACAUGGUUGAAAACUUCUUAAUUGAUCCUAUGCACAGCAUCUUGAUGGGCCUUGUUUCUGACCUUGGGGAAGAACUUAUAACUAAUUCCAACAACUUGAUGACAGAGGAGGAGAGAGACAUCUUGGCAAACAGAUUGAAUGCCGUGAGGGUGCCCUACGAUCUUGGAAGGCUACCAAAGACAAUGCUAGACAGGAUGUCAGCACGAGGGUUGAAAGCGCAACAAUGGAUGAAUUUCAUUGUCACCUAUACAAGGGGCUUGGUUAUGGAAUGUAGUACAAAACAGAUUUUAUGA